UAAAAUUAACCAGAACUGUUUACUAUUUAAUUGGUGAAGUAACAUGAUGUGACACAACACAAGUGUGAAAUUCUACCUGGUACAACAUAAUAAUAGAUAAACUGUGAUUGAAACAUAGUAACUAUGGCAACUGGAGGAGCAUGUGGGGGAGCAGGGGAUGGACCCCCAGAAUACCAAAGGACUAAAAGCAGGGAUAAAUAUUCAACACCACAACAAAGGCUAAGCCCAGACACUGAAGACAAUGUUUUAAAGGAAACUGAAAGUGUUUUUCAAAGUUUUUCAUGUCAUAUGUUGCAAAAUGAACAAACUAGAACGGGAGACAUGAUGGAUACACCAUCAAAUCCAGAGCUGAUGUCAAUUCGUCCAAACCCAGUAUCACGUCCUGCUCAAGUCGGCCGACAAUUAGCGCAGAUUGGUGAUGAUAUAAAUGAACAGUAUGCAGGGCAGUUUCGAGAUAUGAUAAAGAUAUUAAACGUCACUCCAGAUACUGCUUAUGACGCCUUCGCUGGCGUUGCUAGAAAACUCUUUAUAGAUGGGAACAUAAACUGGGGACGAAUUGCAACUCUACUCAGCUUCGGAUAUAGGCUAGCUAUAUCAGUAUUUCAGAAUGGAAUCAGAGGAUUUUUUAACAAAAUAGUUAAAUUUAUAGUAAAGUUUAUCUUAAAUGAAAAGAUCGCCCAAUGGAUUGCACAACAGGGUGGAUGGAUAGCUGCACUUAGAGAAAUACCAGAACAAGUAGGUUGGUCUACAAUAGGAUUUGUCGCUGGCUGUGCAUUCGUAUCUAUAGCUGCCGCAUGGUAUUUAACUAAACGAUAGCAUAACGUCCAUAUAUAGACUUAAAAAACCAAACUGUGUGUAAGA